AUGGUUGCAGCGUUGGAACGAAGACUAAGCGCUUCUAAAUCAUUCAACUUCAAAAGAAUGUUUGAGUCAUCUACGACGAAACAACAACAACAACAACAGUCUCAAACCAUUGUCGUGGAGAACAUAGAUUCUCAUCUUGUCGAAUCCAACACACCUGAAAGCCAAAACUCCGACAGCUUCGCAGAAAGUCCCGUUGAGAAUAGCCGUCCAAUGAUUUCCCCUCUUACUCGGCCGGGAAAAAGACCCGACAGACAACAAGCAGAUAUGGAGAUGAUGAAAGACAGGUUCGCUAAGUUACUUCUUGGAGAAGAUAUGUCCGGUGGCGGAAAGGGCGUAUCUUCUGCUCUUGCACUUUCCAAUGCCAUCACAAAUCUUGCAGCGUCUAUAUUCGGGGAACAAACAAAGCUACAACCGAUGCCGCAAGAUAGACAAGCGAGGUGGAGGAAAGAGGUUGAUUGGUUAUUGUCUGUGACUGAUCACAUUGUUGAGUUUGUUCCUUCUCAGCAAAUGAGCAAGGAAGGAGUUUGCACUGAGAUUAUGGUGACAAGACAAAGAGGUGAUCUUCUUAUGAACAUUCCAGCUCUUAGAAAACUCGACGCCAUGCUCAUCGAUACAUUGGACAAUUUCAGAGGACAUAAUGAGUUUUGGUAUGUCUCGAGAGAUUCAGAAGAAGGGAAGCAAGCGAGGAAUGAUCGAUCAAACGACAAGUGGUGGCUCCCUCCUGUGAAAGUUCCUCCUGGAGGUUUAUCUGAACCGGCUCGGAGAAUGCUUUACUUCCAGAAAGAUUCAGUCACACAGGUUCAAAAAGCUGCAAUGGCUAUUAAUGCUCAAGUCCUCUCAGAAAUGGCAAUACCUGAGAGCUACAUUGACUCUCUCCCAAAGAACGGAAGAGCCAGCCUCGGGGAUUCGAUCUACAAGAGCAUAACAGAGGAGUGGUUUGAUCCUGAACAGUUCUUGUCGAUGUUGGACUUGUCGACAGAACACAAAGUGUUGGAUUUGAAGAACAGGAUUGAGGCAUCUGUUGUGAUUUGGAAGAGGAAGCUUCACACAAAGGACAGCAAAUCUUCUUGGGGCUCAGCAGUUAGCUUGGAGAAGAGAGAAUUGUUUGAAGAGAGAGCUGAGACGAUCUUGGUCUUGCUUAAACAAAAAUUUCCCGGUCUUCCUCAAUCAUCCCUUGACAUCUCCAAGAUUCAGUUCAAUAAGGACAUUGGGCAAGCGGUAUUGGAGAGUUACUCGAGGAUACUUGAGAGCUUGGCUUACACAGUGAUGUCAAGGAUAGAAGAUGUUCUUUACACAGAUUCAUUGGCACUAAAGCAGGCUUCAACGGUUGAUGAAACAUCAGAUGGUGGGAGAACAGAGACGGAUUCGGAGUCAGCAGGAUCGUCUAACUCGGGAGAAGACACCGAGAAGCUUGACCCGCACUACUCCAAGACCUUGCUGGAUUUCAUGGGCUGGAACGAUAAUAGUUCGAAAGGCGGCGACAAAUAUACUAAAUCGCCAAAUCUUACUCCGAAAAAGCUCUCAUACUUGGAGAAGUUAGAGAAUUUGAACGGGUUUAGAAGCCCUAAAGAUAGACAUUGAUCAUGAAAAGAUCAUUGUGAGAUACUUUUAUAGAGGACAUAAAAGUGUAGAUAGGGAAAAAAGGAAUGAAAGCAAAGUAGAGAUCAAUUCAUAUCCUCUUCCUUCAGUCUUAUACUU